CGUAGACGCUGACGUCGACGGUGACUGUGGCUGUGACUGCAACGUAGUCGUAGUAAGUUUUUCCGCCGUAAUUGUGGGAGUGUGUAUGUGCGUGAGCGUGUCGGUGUGCGUGUAUGGAAUGUAUAAUAUAUACCAUAUAAAGCACAUAGCGAGAAAUCAUGAUAAAGUUUGUCAGGCAGAAAAAUCGCGAGAAUCCAUUAAAGGCAUCGAAAAAUUUUCUUCGUAAAAAGCGUGAAUCGAAUGACUCUGGAACCGAAUCGGAUGGUGAACUCCUCGAUGUGGAAAAACAACGUCACUUAGACGUGGAUAUGGAAACUACUGUCGCUGGCCAAAAACCAAUUUCUCCUGCAAUGAUGUGUCACCACCAGACAACGUCAUCCUGCGCCCAUCUCAUGUACGAUCAGCACAGCUCCGAGGAGGAAUUGGAGGUGAUCAAUGGGCCAUCGACGGUGGCAGGCCAUGGCACCACGACCGUGACGGGCGCUUCGUGUGCUUCGCGACUCUCCAAUCGUGGGUGCACCUCCUCCCUCGACACGGAGGCGCCCUACGAGGAACGGGCCACCACAUCCAACUCGAAGCGUUCCAGCUCAACGCUGAUGGUGGAGAACCGUAAACGGUCCUUGGCCCACAGCUCCGACGAUGAGUUACGCAAUUCGCUGGAGCCGAUUUUGACGCCCGUGAAUUUUCGCACAUCGCCGCCAUUGGAGGCAUUCAAGCCAAAUCGUAGCCAUAUGAUGUUCCGCUCCACAACGCCACUGAUAUUAUCGGAGGCCAGAUGUGGCAUCGAAAAUAUUAAAUUAUGUGAUAAUAGUGUAAACGAGGAGAAUGGCGACAACGGCGGCGGCGGCGCCAGCGGCGGUGGCAAUGGCAACCAUAGCAAAUGCCCAAAGCUGGGCGGAGCUGUGGGUGGUGGCAACGAGAACGAGCCGAGUGUGAUCAAGGCGUGCAGCAGCUCCCUGAAGAUGAGCAACAGCAGCCACCACAUCUAUCAGCCGCAGCCCAAGUAUAAUUUCCACUACAAUAGCUCGCGGAGUAGUCCGGCCAGCACCACCGGCCUGGAUAUGGAGGUGCGCUCGGUUAGUCCUCCCGCGAAACUGUUCCACUGCGCCAUUUCGCCCAGGCGUCGUCCUAGUAAUAAUUCGGGUUCGGCUGCAGCGGCAGGCACAUCAGCCCCAACCACAACAUCAUCGACGGGCACAUCAUCAUCCACAGCAGCUACAACAACACACAAUGCUGCCAAUGCCGCAAGCGCCGCCGCUGCCACUCAGAGACUGCAGCGACCGCAUCGGCCGUGUUUAGAUUUUGAUAAGAUGCAGCAGGUGAGCCUCUAAUGCAGAGCGCGCUAACAGCGAAGAAAAGGAUCGAAUGGAAAGGGGAAGGGAAAAGGCAAAUCAAAGACUUUUUAUACGAAACCACAACCACAACCACAGCUACAGCUACAUCUACAACAAGAACACAAACUGCAAAUAGAGACAGCAACUGUACCUAACGGUUAAGGGCGGCCCAGCUGAUGCUUGGCAGCACUGGCCGUCCGAUUAGGAGCGCCCUCUACACGACAUCAGACAUCGCGUCUCAAGGCAAACACAAAAAAAUACAGAAAAGAAAACAGCAACAGACAGAGAGGAGAAACCAGCAACACAACAGCAACAGCAAGGAUAAAAAUAUCAUCAAAUCAAAUUAUAUAAAGCUAAAGGUAAUUCAAAUUUUAAAUGCAAACAAAACCUAAAAUUUACAAUAGAUGCAGCUAUUUUUUCACAAUUUUAAACUGAACAAGAAACAAGAAACAAAAAAAUCGUAUGAAAAAGUUAAGAAAAUGCAGAACAAGAGCCAAGCGCAGAGCAGAGCAAAGGAGGUGACAGCAGCAGUCGGGGCUGUGUAAAGAAUGAUUUAAGAUUUAGAUGUAGCAACUACAAAAAUGGAGAAAAUCUGCAGAAUUCUGUAAAAGAAAAAAACCAAAACUGUAAACUGUAAAUAUUGUAUUUGUGUGGGAAAACCAAAAAAACUUUUGAAGAAAUUGGCAAGCCAAGAAAAGAGAAAAGGAGAAAAACAUUUUAUGAACUGUGGAAAGAAGAAAGUAUUUUAAUUUUUUUAAAAACCAAGAAUCUAUGUGGUGAUGUAGACAGAAGACUCAAACUUAUAAAACAAAACAAAACAAAACAAAAGAAAAGAAAAGAAGGGAAAAAGAGCAAAAUUAUAUUUCUAUAAAUUGAAGAAGGAAAGGAACUGUGAGCGGUUAGAGGGAGCAGAGAAAGUGAGGAAAAGACAGUGGGAAAAUAGCGUAGCAAACACUUGGGACGCAGAAAAAUAGUAACAGUAACAGUAACAGCAACAAUGUGAAGCAACAAUAGCAACUAAAAGAAAAAACAGUAACACAAAUACAGAAAAAAACAGAAUAAUAAUGAACAAGGAACCUUUUGUAUGAUGUAUGUAUGAUGAAAACCGAAGGCCGAUACAAACUGUCCAACCACGACGGUUGUAAAAACAGUUAAAUAUGUGUGUUAAUGUACAACAUGAAAUAGCAAGCUAUUUUAUAAAACAAUAUUCUAAUUAUCCACAAUGUAAGAAAAAACCGAUCGGAAGAAAAACACAGAAAACAGAAUACAAAACCAAAAAGCUGCCAUCAAACCAUCAUGCAUGCGAUUAAAGCUCUUCAGUUUUACCAAUAUGAUUGAUGAUUGAUGAGGGGAGGAUUUGAUGACUACAGUAAACGCAACAACACACCACACGAACAAUUGGCAACUGUUUGCAGGCUCAUAUGUGUAUUAGUAAAGCAUACUUAACAUUUUCUUUGUCAACUAAAUGAAGAAACAAAAGCGAAAUGCUACAAAAUAAGCCCAUAUUCAAUUUAAAGAUUACCAAUUUAAAACAAAAAACUAAACAAACAACCAGUAAAUGUGUGCAUCCAUAGCAAAAGCAAAAGUAACGAAAAAACAUAAAUUUUUAAGUACCAUAUAUAUGUAUGUAUGUAAAACCAAGACACAACAAAAACAAAAAUGAAGAAAUAUUCAAAGUAAUGCUAAUUUUAAAUCAUAUUUACGAACAACAGGCAGGCAAAAUUUCAGUUCACUCCCAAAACGUAGUCGCAAAAUGUUUCGUAUGCUAAUUUUUCAAUAGCCAUACCAUCAUACCCGUUAAAAACAAAAUAUUUCACACACACACCAUAAGGAUCCAUAAAGACACACACACACUCAGAACACUCAACCUACCAAAACAGCAUAAUCCACACCACCAAGACACCAAGAAACCAAGAAUAUAUAUAAUGAUUAAUAAAGAAAGAGUAAUGGAGAGAAUGAACCAUCAGGCAAAGUUAGGAUCAAGCUGGGAGAGUGCAGGAUACUGAUACUAGGAAUGCAGUUUUCAUAAUUUUUAAUUAAUUAUUAAUUAACACAAGCAGAGGAAGAAGGAUGGAGAAUGUGAAGAACGAUCAUCAUCACUGGAUGAAGAUGAACGAUGAACAGAGGAAGAAUUAUAUUAUAUAUGGAAGAUAAAUGGAAGAUAUCAUGGACUGAGCGUACAUUAAAGCAGGAGAGAAGAGAAGCAUGUGAAGCAACCAAUACUAGGAUUUUAGUUUAUAAUUCUUAAGAGAGAAACAUUGUGAAAUAACGAAUUAUGAAAGGAAAGCACACACAAAUCUAUGGAAAUGUAUGGCUGCUGGAGCAGGUUUAUGUUGAAUAUUUUUGAGAAACAAAACAAAAAACUGAACGAUAACGAUGAAUGAU